GAACAUUUUGUAAUUUUUGUAAUACCUGUAACUUCUUCUAAGCAGUUGCUACUAUUUUGCUUAUAUGCAGCUUGCUACGGUCACGAUCAUUUCAGUUCCAGAUCGCCGAGCUAAAGUGGACUACCGUUCGUGAGUUAAUUUCGGUCGUUUGAAACCUUACAUUCCUCCCGCAAGAAAUGCUUAAGAACGCAGUCGCACUAGUCACUGGAGGUGCCUCAGGACUGGGCCGUGCCACGGUGGAACGGUUCGCGCGUGCCGGAUAUAAUGUUCUGCUAUGUGAUCUACCCACCUCCAAGGGCAACGACGUCGCCAAAGAGCUGGGCGAGAAGGUGGUGUACGUUCCGGUCGAUGUACUGUCCGAAAAGGACGUAACCGGUGCGCUAGAACUGGCGAAAAGUAAAUUCGGUCGGUUGGAUGUGUCGGUCAACUGUGCCGGCGUUGCGGUGGCCGUGAAGACGUACAACUUCAACAAGAAGGUAGCGCACAAACUGGAAGAUUUCCAGCGCGUUCUGUUGGUCAACACGGCCGGUACGUUCAACGUGAUUCGCCUAUCGGCGGGACUGAUGGGUGAAAACGAACCGAAUGCGGAUGGUCAGCGAGGCGUCAUCGUGAAUACGGCUUCGGUGGCUGCUUACGAUGGCCAGAUUGGACAAGCGGCUUAUUCCGCUUCGAAGGCGGCCGUGGUUGGUAUGACGCUACCAAUCGCACGCGAUCUCAGCACACAAGGCAUACGGAUCGUUACGGUCGCUCCGGGGCUGUUCAAUACCCCAAUGUUGCAAGCGCUGCCAGAGAAGGUUCGGGCAUUUCUGGCCAAAACGGUACCAUUCCCUCAGCGGCUGGGUGAGCCGGCGGAAUACGCUCAGUUCGUUCAGAGCAUCGUGGACAAUCCAAUGCUGAAUGGGGAAGUCAUUCGCUUGGAUGGAGCACUGCGCAUGAUGCCCUAAAGCGAGACCUUUCAAUGGAGCUUGCUGUUCAGUAAUAACGGAUGCAUUUAUUCAGUACCUCACAGAAUGCGACACAACAAAGUCUUCGCAGUAAACGUUCGUCAAACGAUAAUCGCAAAAGUAUACACCAUUUGUAUUCUGCUAUUUUUUUUAAAUAAAAAGCAACGUUCUA